AUGGCGGGCGACCCCUCUUCCAUAUCACCGACACCUCAGCGAGCCUCUGACAGUGUACUAUCGUCUAAUGGUCAAAACACCCGUCAGCAACGAUUGCUGCGUCUGCGAAAUGAUCGCUUUCCUGCCAAACCAGCCCAUACCGCAUGCCUCAAUCCCCGACGAUCAAAUCUAAAUCGAACCACCGACGACCAUAGCGGAGGCUCCUCACCCCCGACUCGGAGCCAAGAGAACAUUGCGCUUCCAAAACCGAGACGGCACGGGAAAGGCCUUCACCCCACGUCCUCUAUAAGCAUUCUCGAAGAGAUCUCCAAUUCUAUUAGAAGCAAGUCUUUGGGUUCGCAUUCCGACAACGAUACGAGAAAGCCAAUACCGAUCUUCCAGGACACCCCCGAGAGACCCCUACUCGGCCCCUCUCCAUAUACUUCUUCGCCGUUGGAAGGCCCAUACUCUAGUCCGGUAGAGUCACCGUUUCACUUUGACGGCAUCCACGACUCGUUCCGUAAAAUGGGCCUUAGAGAGGUCUCUGGUAAUGUCCGCAAGGCGCCAUCCACGGAAGUUUCUCCAUGGUCCAGUGGACUGAAGCCCGCCCGUCGCCGACCGGCAUCAGCAGCUGCACCUGCUCGCUAUAAUUCAGAAGAGUACAUCCAGCGGAUUGAGCAAGAACUCGACCUUGCUCAAGGCUCCGUCUAUUCUCCCAAUACCAACCGCCUGUGGAAGGACAAGUUAAAGGUCGUUCAAGCAGAGAAUGAUGUUCUCCGUCAGGAGCUUGCCGACGUCAAGGCGACCUUUGAAGCCGAAGUCCAGAAAGCUAUUCAGCAUAAGGCCGCAAGCGAGGCUACACUUAGGAGGAGGAUUCGUUCGUUGGAGGAGGAAGCUGAACAGAAGGAUUGUGUCAUCCGCGAUCUAGAGACGAUGCACGACAAAAAGCGGCUCGACCAGGGCACUCUGGAAACGCUCAAAGCUACAAUCGAACGCUUAGAGUUCGACAAGUACGGUCUUGAACAAGCAAACCACAACAUGUCCAAGCGAAACGAAGUUUUGACGCACUUGCUGGCCUUCUCCCCUACCAAGUCGCAGCAGACGUUCGAGCUGGCGACACCUUCCCGAGCAUCAAAGCAUAAUCGUCCUCGCUCGCUUCUCCUGCCCAGAAUCUCGUCUUCGCCUACGCAUACACAUCCUCAUCGGCCACGCUCUCUCGCCGAGUCCCCCGCCUCGGGUAAGAGCUUUGAUCACUCACGACAUGGCUCGUCACCCCUCUCUCCAGCUGUAUCAGAAACAUACAGCCGCCUUCCGCUCCGUCCAGAGAUUCCCAGAUCGCAAUCUAUGCUGCCAUAUCCUGCUUCUCAUUCGCGAAGCUCUACUUUGGCUAGUUGUGUGUCUAUGAGCCCGACAGGAGAUCACCGACCUUCAAGUUCGUCCUCUAGCACUCGACACUCUAGACAGGCAUCGAAUCGUGGGCCUCGCAGAUACGUUCCGGGCUCCACACAGUUGAAGCCUCUGCUGCUACCAACCUUGACCCGCGACUUUGGCGCCUUGAGCUCCACUUCGCCGCUAGUCUCGCCCAGCCGAAGUAUACGGCGCGACUUUACCGAUGAGUCUAUUGACCCAACCACAAUGUUCCUGUCUAAAUCGCCGACCGGGUACGAAUCCGAUGCGGAGCACUCCACAGCAGACUCGUACGUGGACUAUAGACAGCGCGAGAGUGCUCGACACCUGACAUAUCAGAGUCUGGAGGGCGUGCUCGAUGCAGAAGAUUCUAAGCAAGUCGUAACCGAUGACCUCACUGUCACCGAGCUUUUGGAUGCCGGAAAAGGCCAUCGUGUUUGUCACAUCAUUGGACUAGGCAUCAAGAGUCCGGCUUCCGUAGAAGACGCAGACCGAACCAUUCUCCCACCAGAAAACAUAGGUGCCAGAGGCUUAGCUGGUGGCCUUGACGAGGACAUCAGCCAGCAUCUGGAUAUGAGUUCCCCUGGGUCUAUGGCUGCUGAUGUCGAGCUGCCCAAGCCUCUGCGUUUGUCUGCAUCUACACGGGCAGGAGCUGUAGGCUGUGCACCCGCUGAUGCCAUCAACCAUUUUUCCGAUUCUCCUAACCCCGAUCUAUUGGGUGGCCACCCAAGGAAGCGAAAGCGAAUGAGUAACCCGCCAGACAUUCAGGACCCCUUCACGUUACCCCGGACUAUAGACAAAGGUACAGAUGCUCGGCCGCUAAACGGAACGGAAACACCUCCUACCAAGUCAAGGCCUCCGUCCUUGUCUCUUCUUUCCCCACAUCGAGCUAGAGCGCCCUUGAAGAUACUGGAGCGCAAGAACUUCGGAGUCAAACCGAUCGCCGUCGUCACUAUUAAGACCAUCUACGGGACGCUUUCCAAGUGCACGGCUUUAAUCAGGCAUUUCAAAAGUGACCCUUGGGCUUUGGCUCGUAGAGUCAUCGCUAACGCUUGGCACUGCAACUGGGCAAUCUUGGGUAAGCUUAGUUGGUGGGUGCUGGGCUUGUUCCUGGGUCCUUCGACAAAGCAGCAACAGCCAAAGACGUGGGAAUGGGAAGAUUAUGACGGCGAAGCGAUUGCAGAUCGUCACUGCCGCCGAAAAUCCAAGCCUAUGCCGCCGGAGCAACAGUCCCUGCUUCGCGAUGAAGCUCGAGCUUCUACAGCUCGCCGUGUGGAUAUCCAUCCACCCAAAGAGGCAGCCUAUACAGAGAGGUCAAACGGAACAACAACACCUCGAGAGAAGCAAGGCUGGGGCAAAUCCAUGUUCCUUUGGGCCAAGUUCAGUACUGCCAUCGUCCUAGCCGUCGGAGGUGCUGUAGUAAAAGGACCUGGGGAAAUGAUGCGAGACACAGACGUGCGCCGAGCUUCUAGAAAAAGCAAGGAAUAUCGGCGCGUCAGCACUUCGAGUGAAGACUCUGAUGUCGUUGAUACUUCUGCAGUCGAUUUCGAAAUGCAAGACAUGCGACCCAGACCACAAGGCAAUGAAUUGCGCAGACGUCGGUCGCGGAAACAAGACGUUGGCUCUCCACCACCCGCAGCCCGCGCCUCACUUGCUAGAGAGCUUCAGUCUGACAACAUGUCUUCAUCGCCCCCUGUCAGCUCAUCACCUGCGAUUGGUUCCUUUCGCUUCGGCCGCAAGCAGACUUACGACUUCAACAUAUCGGACGGUACAGAAGUUGACGCGAAGACGCUAAAACCAUCGAAGACUGGUCGAAUCAAUAUUGAAGACAUCUUUGAUUAUUCGAAUGCCGGAACACCUACGAAAGCUGUCGGAGGUCACGAAGAAUAG